AGUCAUCAGGAAAUUUUCUUUCUAUUCUGCCUAUCUCGCGCCCGUCUUUCUUUUUUUCUCUAGCAGGUCUAGCAGCGAUAGCGCAUCAUUUGAAUGCUCUAAAAAUUUCCACUACGUCAAACGAAAGAGGGGCUAGCACUACAGUACAAGCGCUACAAGUGGUAUCUGUGGUAUCUGGUAUCUAUGGUAUCUCCUACUUGGUUGAAAUUUUAGGUUCGAUGGGGGGCACCAAAGUAGCUGCUGCACCGAAAGCUUGCGAUUGACAUGGGAAGGUGGAAAUUUUUCUCCCCAUUCCAAUUCGUUGCAUGGGCCUUGAUAAAUGGUUUGCACUGUGGUAGUACCUUGUACCCUGAUACAUACAAGGUCUGUGGUGAAACUUGAUUGGCUAGGUUCUUAUCAGCACCCACUUUCUGGAAAUUCUUCAAUCUUCCCGUUUAUCAAUUCUAUCGAUCCCCAUAUCAAUACACCUAUCCUUCCCUAUCGAUAUCUCCCCCAGUCUCUCAUCGCCGACACGCCAUUCCACCGCCGACACAACCCAUUUUCUAUUUGAGAAUCCUUCUUUUACCUUAAAUUCAAGAUGAUGGCCUCACACCCGACCGUGGCCUCGGCAGCUAACAAUGAGAACCCAUCUACCCAGCCAACCUGUCAGAAUUGCGGCACUUCAACCACGCCGUUAUGGCGUCGCGACGAGUCAGGAUCCGUCCUAUGCAAUGCCUGCGGCCUAUUCUUGAAGCUGCAUGGCCGCCCGCGCCCGAUAUCAUUGAAGACCGACGUCAUCAAAAGCCGAAAUCGUGUCAAGACAAUGCGACCGGAUAUGCAAGUUAAGAAAAAGCAGAGCCUUCCUGCCAGCACCAACGGAAAUAAUUUCCAGAAUCAUGACAGCGCGACCGCUGCUGCGCUUGCCGCCGUUCGCGCGACUCAACAAAAGGCAACCAACGGACACGGUACAGAUUCGCCCGUGUCGCGCACUGCGACCCCGUCUCUUUAUGAUCCCCAUCUGACUGCCUUCCAAGCAAUGGAUCAUUUCCAAUCGGAAUCUCUACAACAGUAUCCCAUCCCCGGCGGUUCCCCUGGACAUCCUCAAUCGCCUAUGAACGGCGACCAACAGGGCCUAGAAGUCCCCCAGACCCACGAGCAGCUGAUUGCUGCUAACUCGAGCCUUAAGACGCGCGUCAGCGAGUUGGAGCUUGUCAACGAGCUAUACAGGGGCCGACUACAGCAAUUGGAGCAGGACAUGCAGACUGCGGAUAACUACCGCCAUUCUGCCGAGAGCGCUGCGAAGGACGCCGCCACGGAACGUCUUCAACGCGAAGAAAUCCAGCGACAAUUGGAGGACAGCCACAGACGAGAGAAUAUCCUAAAGAGAAGACUGGACGAGAUGGAACAGGAGAACCAGGAUCUUAAGAGCAAAGCUGAGGAGUCCGAGUCAGAACGUGCAGCAAAGAGGCCAAAGCUUGAUGAAGAGGCGAAAGCCGAAGAAACAGAGGUGCCUACACCGCAAUCCGCUUCUUAGGAGGAGGGGCCAUACGACAUCACUUACUUUCUGCCACAAGCAUAAUUACUUCUAGCUGCGAUCCGUCCCUCCUUUCUUAUCUGUAACAUUAUCUACUCACGACUUUCCUUGCGUCUAUUUUGCCUUUUUUCUCUAAUCUCGGAAGCCUGGCGAUAGGAGGCUGUGGAGGCCUUCGGACUCGGAUAGGUCUAUUACGGCUUCUCUAAUCAAUAGUUGGUGUGGUAUGGUGAGUUGGCCGAGAUGGCUCCAUCGGAUUGGCGCGGUCAAAAUCUUGAGCAGUACGGCGAGGUGGAUAACUCAUCAUUGACGACGGUACGGCUUGGUCUUUGCGGCUACUGAAUUCCCCCCCGCGGUAGCCUGCUGGAAGGGAACGGGGACAACGAAAGGAGUUUUACGGAGUCACCAAACUUGCUGGGCGUUGCCGCCUCUAGCUAAUGGUCAAUAAAAGUUUGAUUUGCAUUUCUUAUAAUGAAUGAUAUCAGAGACCUUCCGUAGUACAUAAUUAUAAAAGGCUCUUGCAACCAGA